ACAUAACAGGUUGGCACUGGCACUGGCACUGGUCAAUAAGUGUUCUUGUUCCUCUUCUUCUGAUGCUGAACUGGACUCAGUGAUCGUUAUUAUCUUCCAUAAUCCUUCUUCUGUUGUCGAGCCCUCACCACUGUUCCAUGGAUUCUCGUUUGUUAUGGGAAGCCAAUGAUUUGCCUACAAAACACAACAAACAAAAGAUGAUUCUCUGCUUCCUUCUCUCCUUUCUUCUCCUAACAAAUUGGAAAUAGAAUCAAAAUUCACCGCUCCACUUGGCGGCAUGCCUGGGAAUGUUAAAAGAUGACAUUUUUUUUUCUGGGAUAAGUGAUUUAGAUGUAUGAAUUAUCAGAUGAUUGACUGUGGGGUGAAAGGAAAAUGAAAUCAGAAACCACCAUUAUGAGUUUGAAGAGACACGAAUUACUUGAAGUGUGUAUAUAUUGCCCAAGUCUUCUAAUUUUCUCAAUUAAGAUUGUGUGAACCAAACUUUCUGUACGGUUUCUACAAAGAGUAAGAAACAUAGAUAGAAUAUGGUAUAGAAUCUAGCCCAUAAGAGGGUGAGUGGAAUACUGAACUUCUGUGUCAUAACAUGUGCUUCACACUAAAGCAAUUUGAUUAUCAUAUUGACUCACUGGAUCUGAUGCUUAGCACAAUUCUUUUACAGCUGUGGGGCUAGCAGUCAGAGGCAACAUAAGUUUUGGGAUAGUUUCAGGGGUAGAAAAAUAUAAUGAGGGAUUGCCAACAAAUCAAAGAGAUAUUGUUGAAUCAAAGGUGGGAGUUGUUGCAGCUGAUGAUGCUCGGUGUUCUGCAAUUGGUGUUUCAAUGCUUAGGCAGGGUGGACAUGCUGUUGAUGCUGCAGUGGCCACUGCAUUAUGCCUUGGUGUUGUUUUCUCGGCAUCAAGUGGCAUAGGAGGCGGUGCUUUCAUGCUUGUUCGAUCUUCUUCCACCUCCCAGACAGAAGCUUUUAACAUGAGAGAAACUGCUCCUUUGGCUGCUUCACAGGUUUGACGUUAACUCUUACGAUAAACCGUUGAAGUUGUUAAACCUCAUGGUUGAAAUUGGUAAAGCAAUUUGACCAAACCAAAUUGACAUGUGCAUUUAAGAUAUAGGCCAAGCUUGGUAUGCAAUGAAUUAGAAUGAAGCAAAUUGAAAAUAACACUUUGUUGUUAUUUCUAAGAAGAAAAUGCCAUUAAGACUUCAAUUGUUAAUUUUUUGGCCCCUCUUCUACUGCUUACUUGGAAAUGUUGAAAGUUAGCAAAUAAUAUUUCAUAAUGAUCAUUUUCAUUUGCAGAAAUCUACAACAAUGCAACUUACAUUGUGUAUAUAUUGUGAAUGUCAACUAACAGAAUAUGUAUCAGAACAACCCCAAAGAUAAGACCUUAGGUGCAUUGUCAAUGGGAGUUCCGGGUGAAUUAGCUGGCCUUCAUGCGGCAUGGUUGAAGCAUGGACGGUUGCCAUGGAAGAGUUUAUUCCAACCAGCUAUAGAACUUGCUAAAAAUGGUUUUGUAGUGUCUCCUACUCUUGGGGAUUUCCUAGCUAAAGAUGCAAAUAAGAUAAUGAAUGAUCCUGGAUUAAAAAAUAUAUAUGCACCUAAUGGAAUUUUGUUGAAAGACGGGGAUAUGUGUAGUAAUGUGGAACUCAGUCGCAGCUUAGAGGUAGUGGCAGAACAAGGGCCACAAGCUUUCUACAAUGGAACCAUUGGUGAAAAGUUAGUAAAGGAUGUCAAAGAAGCUGGUGGGAUUUUAACGAUGGAGGAUUUACGCAAUUACAAGUUGAAAAUAACAGAUGCAAUGACUGUUAAUGUGAUGGGAUACACCAUAUAUGGAAUGCCACCUCCUUCAUCUGGAACACUUGCUCUUUCUCUGGUUCUAAACAUCUUCGACAGUUAUGGAAGUUCUGAUGCUGCAAAGGGAAAUUUCGGUCUACACCGACUGGUAGAAGCAUUGAAACACAUGUUUGCUGUUCGAAUGAACUUGGGUGACCCCGACUUUGAAAGCAUUAGUGAAACUGUAACUGAAAUGCUUUCCCCAUCUUUUGCAAAAUAUAUUCAGCACAAGAUACUUGAUAACACUACUUUCCCUCCAGAGUAUUAUAUGAACAGGUGGAGUCAACUCAGAGAUCAUGGGACGAGUCAUUUGUGCAUUGUGGAUGCUGAUAGAAAUGCUGUAUCGCUGACAACAACCGUAAACUAUCAUUUUGGUGCCGGCUUUAUUUCUACUUCUACUGGAAUUCUGAUCAACAACGAGAUGGAUGACUUCUCUACACCUACUGAUAUAUCCCCGGAUAAACUACCUCCUGCUCCAACAAAUUUUAUUAAACCAAACAAAAGACCAUUGUCUUCCAUGACUCCUAUUAUUGUCACAAAGGAUGACCAGUUAGUCGGGGUAAUUGGAGGUAGCGGUGGAAUGAACAUUAUUCCAGCAGUGAUUCAAGUCUUUCUUAAUCAUUUCAUCUUGGGAAUGAAACCUUUGGAUGCAGUUCUGAGUCCAAGGAUAUAUCACAAGCUAAUACCAAAUGUAGUUCGCUAUGAGAACUUGACUGCUCAUGAUGGUGAGCACAUCGAGCUUUCAAAAGAAAGUAGGCUUUUCCUAGAAGAGAGAGGUCAUGAACUGAAUGAGUCUCGGGCACUAGCUAUCACUCAGCUUGUUGUUCAAACUAUCAAACCACCAUUUAACAUGAACAGGAAAAUAGGUGAAGACAUCAAUUCACAUACAAGGCAUAGCACUCUAACAGCCGUUUGUGACCCUAGAAAGGAUGGAUCUCCAGCAGCUGUUUAAUUAUAUAUUCAACUGUUCAGAUUGAAAAUUGUACUGCACAUUCAUUUCAAAACAAAAAUUGAAAAAAAAAAAAAAAAAGUUCUAGCCAUGUUGUAUCAAUGCCGUCUUGGACAAGGAAAUUUGUCUGUAUUUCUUUCAUUGAAAUCAUGACAGUGAAAAUAAAUUAAAGUUAAG